CAUACGCCUUCGCUGCCACUUGUUGUCACUUCGCUGCUCUGUCAACAGUGCGGAUGAGAGAAGCAUUCAGGCGAAAAGGGAUCCCUGCUGUAGUCUCGUCUCAAGGUUUUGUUUACAAAGGAUUCGAAUCCCGCUCCAACUGCGCGGAAUCGCUCCAGAGACGGAAGGUUCCAGAUGGAACUGAGAUUCGUGCAUGGUUCCUGGAGACACUUGUGUGUUCUGUACAUUUGUAUGGCCAUACAAGUACAACAGGUGGCAGCACUGGACACAACGACUGCCAUGGGCAUAGCUGCUGGCUGUGUGCUGGGAGUAGCGGCCCUUGCGGUGCUCCUAGUGCUGCUGUGGGUGAAGUGCAGACACAAGAUCUCAGCCAGUCUGGAUGCCAAGCAAGAAAGCUACAAAAGUUUUGAUGGUGAAGGCGACUUCGUUUUGUCUCCAGGCUGCUACACCAUCACCAAUCCUGGCUUCGAACUGGGACCAGACACUCAGGGUCCAGACACUCAGGGCCCAAUCGUCCUCACCACUGUGCCAGGUCCAUUAGGUGUGGAUGCUGAUGAAGUCCCACCUGCGUCCUUCACCCUGUCGACAUUCUCUAACCAAGAGGAGUCUGUAGACCAGCCUCAGUCCUCCCUCCCAUCGACAGUUGUCGAUCGUGAAGCUGUAUCAGUCUCGCAACAGCCACUCAUCACUUCAACAUCUUUGGGUGACGAGAUAGUUCCAGACUCACCUCAUUCUGUCAGUCAGUCGUAUGUGUUUUGUCAAGAAACAGUCCCAGACUCACCUCAGUCGGUGAAUCUGUCACCCGUGUCUGGCCAAGACAGUGGAUUGGAUUUAUCACAGUCCUUUAUCAUACUCGAGAAUCCAAACGCAGUGGUAGAUGAUCAGAACUGUACAUAGCACGUGACUGAUUCACAGUAUCUAUAUCAUUCGACAGGUUGCUCGCGUUUUAUUCAUAAACUCUCUUAAAAAAUUAAUUCACCAAUCAAACUUAUUUGGGAUUGAAAACAAUCUUACUGUAACCAAAAUUGUAUAUUUGUCCUGUUGUGUGGGGUUAGGGAAGAUUAUGUCUUACCGUGCUUGCUAUGAGCGUUACAUACCAUUACUGUUUCAUCGUCAUCAUCGCCAACAUUGCCUCCCUGUAAUGUCUACAUCGUGGAAACAUAAGGGUAUGACAAUAUCAUCAGAGACGGCUGCCACCACUCGGUUUGUCGUGUCAUAUCCAUUGUUGGCACUUUUUUCUUGACAUAACUACACAACUCCUCAGUUUAAAGCAUUCGUUUAAUGGCCGCAGGUCGAGUCAGCCAUUGGUGAGAGCCCACUGUUUGGUGAAUUACCUUGUAAAUAUAAAUAAAAAGAGAUUCCUACCUUAGAUAUCACAUACACACACAAGCACACACGCACACGAACACAACGUUGUCAAUGCAAAGCUUUAUAAACAUCUACCUGUGUAAAUAGGUAAUAAUAGUAAUAAAAAGAAUAUUUGCCUGCAUUUA